GUUCUUUUCCAGCUCUGCUGUUCUUUUUCAUCAGCCCAAUUUACUCCUGCGCAUUUACUGUGGUGUACUCUAGGCAGCGCAAUGCAACGGCGGCUCCCGUGUACAUAGAUUCCCUCGCCCCUCCAUUUCCACAACACGACAACAUUCCAUAAAACUUCAGCGGAUACAUACGCUAUGAGCCUUGCAACCUGGCUGCGAAACUGGGUUCCAGGGACCAGCGGCAGCGUGCUGCCGGGCGGUCUAACAGGCGGCACUGCGCAUUGGUUCACAAGCAGAAGGCACAUGCGCAUUCUGGCAGUCAUUGCCCUUGUCACGCUGGUGGUGCUUGGGGUGUUCUCCCUCGAGCUCCUCUCAGAAUCAUCCUCGCUACUAGAGCGGCCAGACCAGGCGGAGAACGACAUUACUGGAUACUCGCGGCGAUACGGUGUAGAUCUCGCGCCUAUGAUUUACGCCUGGGAUGACCCGUCGGCAAUCUCGCAGUCUCAGGCAGCUAAUAACGCCAGCUACAGCCGACUGCCGCUGAUUGAGCGUGCUGGCAAGGAAUGGACAUACAAGACAACGCCUGGGAUUUCGAGCUUCGCCGAUCGGCCACGCAUGGUUGGCGUUGAACACAUCAAGCCGCUGCUCGACUAUGCCCAGAAACACAUCCCAAAGCGCCAGAUCGCGCACACACCUGUAUAUCUGCUUGCCACUGCUGGUAUGCGUUUGCUGCCGCACUCGCACCAGUCGCUGAUUCUUGACACUGCGUGCUUCUAUGCGCGGGAAAACUACGACUUUCUCCUCCCCGACUGCAAAGAGAGCUUCCAGGCAGUUUCGGGCGAGCUCGAGGGGCUGUUUGGCUGGGUAGCUGUGAACUAUCUCAUGGACGGGUUCCCUUCACAGACGCAGUCACUGGCGCAGCGGUCGCACGGGUUCCUGGAUAUGGGCGGGGCAUCAGCACAGAUCGCAUUUGAGCCUGCCAAAAUGUCGGCACAGAUACACAAGCAUGACCUGGCCGAGGUGACGCUGCGUACACUAGAUGGACAGGACUCGAGCUACGCAGUUUUUGUUGCUACAUUCCUUGGGCACGGCACUAAUGAGGCACGGCGCCGGUUUGUGGAGCAGCUGAAGGACGCCGAGAUGCUUGCUGGGAGCGGCAAUGGCGUUCCAAUGGUAGUACUGCGAGGCAAAGGGGAGUUUUCAGAGUGCGUCAAGGCUAGCGAGCCGCUGCUCAACAAGACUGUGUGCCCGAUUGAGCCGUGUCUGUUUGCCGGCGUGCACGCCCCCGAAAUCGAUUUUGGCACACAGCAUACUGGUAUGCAUCGCACUGACUACCUGGGCCUGGGCGGAGUGUGGGAUGUUGAAAAGUUUGAGAGGCGGGCGAGUGAUUUCUGCCAGAAGCCCUGGUCAGAGAUAAACAGCCACACUGUUAAUGACGACGUGGCGGUAGCUCGUCUGCAGAUGCAGUGUUUCAAGGCAGCAUGGCUAGUCAAUGUCCUCCACAACGGCUUUGGCGUUGGCGACGUUGAGGUGUCAUGGACACUGGGUGCACUGCUGCUCAAAGUCUCCCAAACCAUUCCUCCCAGCUACCAAUCAAUUAAAGCCAAGUCCACACCAGGAAUCCGGCUGCCCGACAACCCAGGCGCUGACGAGGAGGGGGUGGAGCUGGUCGAUGACUCGCUGUGGUCGCCACUCCAAUUUGUUGGUAUGCGGCGCCUGUAUAUUUUGUGGUCGCUGCAGCCCAGCGGCACGCGCGCGCUGCUGGCAUUCACUGCGCUAUUUACGUUUGGACUAUUGGUUGGCCUGGUGUACUGUAUGUUCACCCACCGCAGCCGCAAGCGCCAGUGGCAGAUUAUACUGUCCAAUGAGUUUCCUCUGUCCCCUAUAGGUCGCUCAGCACGGCUUAAUCGAUCGGUGCCUGGGACACCAUUGUCGGCUUCGCAAAUUGGGCUCGCAGAGGCGGCUGCGUUCAUGCCUGAUGCCGCCUCAUAUGGCGAAGAGCCUUCAAGCAAACAGGCGAGGAUGUCGCCCUCGAUGUAUGUUAUGGACGGAGUAGUCUCAUCAGCCAAUGAUGGGGCCGUUACACCGACAUUAACUACAGGCGGAAUCAUGGAACCCAGAUCCCGGAGCGUAGUCCAGGUCGCUGAAGAGGUGACUAUGAGCCGAUCCUCAAGC